UUGCAAAGAGUCAAAUGUUUCCGUGAAGCAAAGAACGUUACAGUCUCUGAUGUCCCUCUGGAAUGCUACCCUUGCUCGGAUUUCAUCAACCUUGUUGUCAAGAGACUGGACAUUGGCGAGAAGAAUGCUAGUGAGUGGUGCACGAUGUGCCCAUCUCCGGAGUCUGACCAGAAGACCGCCUCGUUUCCCUCUUUUUCUGAGUCGUUUUUUUGGGUCGCUGCAUGGGAUCCAUUCCGUUGUCCUGUUUGAAAGGCAGAACACAGGAUCCGCGUCGCGAAAAACAUAUUCUUGGUCGUACUGAUGGUGAGUUGACGCUGAUCUUAUAUUCAGUAUUUCUUCUCGACUGUAUGUAAUGAAACCUAAGAUGACCUGGGGUACUAAUGUAAGAAAUAACACAUAAAAAAAAAAAAAUGCAUAGUUUCCUAGGAACGAGAAGCGAGGCGGCCAUCUCUGUCGGCGCCGGACAGGGUUGUGGUUAAAGCUAGGGUUAGCGUGAACUGGAAUGUGGUCAUAAAGCUAGGAUUAGGGUUGUGGUUGAAUUGUGAAAAUAAUGAUUCCUCUCAGAUUAUUGGUGAUACAAAGGAAUCAGGAAGUGUUUGGUGCUUCCCCAAGCCUGACAAUGUAGAAAGGUGACUUCCUUGUGUUAGUAAUCUAUUUCACAUCAAUAAAGGGUUGUGACAUACGUCUCCUAUAAUUCAGACGGUUUAUCAGUGUCAUGAGCUACAAGGCAGGUUGAGCACCUUCUCAGAAGAUGUUCUACAUUCAGAUUCUGCGUCCUCCACCUCUCAAUUACAGGUCGUAUCUGCAUACCAAUGGCUCUGCUGGAGAGGUCAGUUCUAAGGUGUGUGUGCAGCCAGUGAAUACUCUGAAGCGGACAACCUUAUGUUAGGUCAACGCCCCAUAUCUUCUAUAUUUAAUUUAGGUCAUUUAGCUGACACUCUUAUCCAGAGGAACAUACAGUUGGUGCAUUAAACUAAGAGGAGAGGAUGGGGAAUGGGACAAAUGUCGACAAUGCCAUACCUAAAUCAUACAGAGAUGCAUUGCUGUCAAUAUACACUAUUGUGCUCGUUGGAGGGACCAUCAGCAUGUCCCUCAUGAUCAACAUCAUCAAGUCCAACGUCCGCUCGGUGACCACUACAGCCGUUCUGAACCUGAUCGUGGUCCACUUCGUCUUCCUCCUGACUGUGCCCUUCCGCCUUUAUUUCUAUGCGGCCGGCGAGUGGCAUCUUGGUCCUAACUUUUGCAAGGUGGUCAGUGCCAUGAUCCACGCCCACAUGUACUUAGCCUUCGUCUUCUAUGUGAUCAUUCUGGUGAUCCGCUACCUGAGUUUCUUCAGGAGGUUCAAUCAGAUGGAGUUCUACAGGAGGCUGCACGCCCUGGGGGCUAGUGCUGCUGUCUGGGGCCUCAUGCUCAUUGUGGUGGUCCCUUUGACUGCUGUGAAGUAUGGAUCAUCUACAGAUAAUAAUACAACAACCAAUGACAACCAGUGCUUCAAUUUCGGAAGGAUCUUUGACGAGAAACAUACUGUGGCUGUGCUGAAUUACAUCAUCUGUGCUCUCAUCAUCGUGGUUACAUUGGCCCUGGCCUGUUGCCAAGUGUGGAUUUUGGGCUGUGUGUACAGAACUCACAGGGCGAUGAUCUUCUCUCAACAGGAGUUUUGGGCUCAGAUCAAAAGUCUUUGCUUUAUGCUGGUCAUUAUAGUAUGCUUUGUUCCAUACAAUGUAUUCAGGAUUUACUAUGUGAGUAAUUAUAAUGUCAGUCUCCAAAUGAAGAAUGAGUUUGCCCUUGCUAUCACAACGUUCAGCUGCUUUGACAUGUUGACUUUUAUAGGGAGGGGGUCGUUCAGACCCUGUGAUACAACAUGUUGUGUAUCAUAAGAAUAACAUGAGAAUGUACUUUUUCUUAUGAUAUGUGAUGUAAAGAAUGUAACAUGAGAAUAGGACUCUAUUUGCACCUUAAUUAAUACCAAAUUAUAAAACUGUACAGACUCUUUGAUAUACUUACUUCACAGCAAACAAUAUCAGAAGUAACAGUUACUUCAGUAUAUACCUCUUUCUAGCAGUUCCCUAAGUGGGAUACGUCCUUCAGGUUAAAUCAGAAAAGACAUGAAAACAAAUAGUGGAGCGGUGUUUAUUGUUCUUGUUGUACAGUUCUGGAACAUGAUACAAAGUAUUUACAUACUCCCACCACAUGGAUGGGUUUCUACAAAUUAGCUAAACUGAUUCUGAUUUAACAGUCACCUACAAUUUGGCAUACUGUAACACAUUAGCAUAACAAACAUACAGUGCAUGAUCAAACAUUUUGUGAAUUAUCAAAUUUUGAUAAACCAUGCAUUCUUUAUCAUCUUUUUUUACAACUACAUUUUCAAGUGAAUUAUAUGUUUCAUUAAAAUUUACUCUGUUUGUUCAGUGUU